AGUUAGCCACGGAGGCCAGCGGGGUACCGGCGUGAAGAGGAGGAGGUUCGGGGGUGGUGGCCGCUGCCGCAAGUUCACAAAUCCCCGUGCUGACAUGUCCUCCUCCGGGGCAAUGCCCGCUGUUUCUUCCGCCUCGUCCUCCGCGGCAGUGGGAAUCCUGUCGGCCACUACAGCCAAGACUAAGACCAAAAAGAAGCACUUCGUGCAACAGAAGGUGAAGGUGUUCCGGGCCAGCGACCCGCUCAUCAGUGUGUUCAUGUGGGGAGUCAACCACUCGGUAAAUGAACUUAUUCAAGUCCCUGUUCCAGUGAUGCUCUUGCCAGAUGAUUUCAAAGCUAAUUCUAAAAUUAAAGUUACAAAUCAUCUUUUCAACAGGGAAAACCUUCCCAGUCAUUUCAAAUUCAAAGACUACUGUCCGCAGGUAUUCAGAAAUUUGCGUGAACGAUUUGGGAUAGAUGACCAGGACUUCCAGGCAUCGCUGACAAGGAGUUCCCCAUACUGUGAAAGUGAGGGACAUGACGGUCGCUUUCUUCUCUCCUAUGAUAAAACAUUGGUCAUUAAAGAGAUUUCUAGUGAGGAUGUUGCAGAUAUGCACAAUAUUCUUUCUCAUUAUCACCAGCAUAUAGUGAAAUGUCACGGCAAUACUCUGCUGCCUCAGUUUUUGGGGAUGUAUCGUUUGAGUGUGGACAAUGAAGAUUCUUAUAUAAUGGUCAUGCGGAAUAUGUUUAGUCACAGACUGACUGUUCAUCGGAAGUAUGAUUUAAAGGGUUCACUGGUAUCCCGGGAAGCUAGUGAUAAAGAAAAGAUAAAAGAAUUGCCAACUUUGAAAGAUAUGGAUUUUUUAAACAAGAGCCAGAAAGUGUAUGUGGAUGAAGAGCAGAAGAAGAAUUUUAUGGAGAAAUUAAAGCGUGAUGUAGAUUUUCUGGUACAGUUAAAACUCAUGGACUAUAGUCUGCUCUUGGGAAUCCAUGAAGUGUUCCGGGCUGAGCAAGAAGAGGAAGAGGACUUGGAAGAAGACCAUACUGAAAAUGAAAGUUCUCCGCAUAUGAAUGUUGGGUCUUAUGGGACAUCUCCUGAAGGUAUUGCUGGGUACCUGAACUCUCAUAAACCCUUGGGCCCUGGGGAAUUUGAGCCCAUCAUCGAUGUAUAUGCCAUCAAGAGUUCAGACAAUGCUCCUCAGAAGGAAGUUUAUUUUAUGGGUUUGAUUGACAUUCUCACACAUUAUGAUGCCAAGAAGAAAGCAGCACAUGCAGCAAAAACUGUGAAGCAUGGGGCUGGAGCAGAGAUUUCCACAGUGCAUCCUGACCAGUAUGGAAAAAGAUUUCUGGAAUUUGUCACAAAUAUCUUUGCCUAAUCCAUGAAUUGGACACAAAGAAAUAGAAAAAAAACAACAAGAGCCUAUUGCCUCCUCUCAUUUCUAUAAUCCAUCAUUAAAUCAGGGCAAAGUUUUUAUGAUAUAAAUUUUUUUUAACAAGCACUGUUACCACAUUUCAUAAUACUAAAAAACACUGUAAGGUGAUUUAGUAUAGGCAUAGGAAUAUCUGCUUAUACAGUGUCAGACUGCCAGCGGGACACUGGAAAAAAACCCAGUGAGCCCCAGCCAUGUGGGCCCUGUCAACCCAGUUCUACUCCCAGGGCCACCAUCGUGGGGAAGGGGGACAGUCCUGGACCUGGUGGGUUUUGUGUGGUGGCCCCCCUGCUUGUCAGUGAACUGCAGACUUGCAGAAUUGAGGUGCCUCAGGAGGGAAGAUUAAGUCCUGGUAAAGCCACAUGGGGAUUGGAUGGGUUGGAGG